UGCUCAACUGUCUUGCAGGUAUCCAACGCGUUGUUUCUACAGUAAGGUGACAACCCUGCUCCUUGACAAGUAUCCACAGCUGAAAGAUGUAAUUGGAAGUGGGCACGACUCCUGGAAAGUAGCCCUCCGCAAUAAGUAUAAAAACCUAAGAAGGAAGCUGGAUGAUCAUGAAGAUGUGUUAGCAAGUCGCCAGAAAUUCGGUGCCCAAAAGAAAACAGGAGGCACCACUGAGCUUCAAAGGAAAAAAGCUGGGAAAAUGAGUGUGAGCAUCACAGAUCUAACAGCAGAAGAUGAUGACAGUAUUGCCAAACAUGAAGAUCGACUUGUUUUGGAAACCAAAAAACUAUUGCCGGAUGAGCAACUCGUGGAAAAGUUAAUGGCCUUGACAGCUGGGAAGAGGCUUCCUGACGUUGCGACGAAAACGAUUCGUGAUGUGAAAAAGAACUACCCCUAUAUGAUGGACUUUCAGCGAUUUUGCAAUGACUUUACAAGACUGACCGACAUAAAACCAGUCGGGAAGGUUUCAACAGCCAUCGAUAAAUUAACCCAAUUGGCAGUGAUGAAGAAAAUACGUUGUAGUGAAAACACGAGGCAAAUGUUGGAGAGAGCACGUCAAAUGGACCCCAAAAGGAUGAGAACAAGACAUAUUAUGGCACUUGUAGCUCUGAAAAUCGUCUGUGAGAAUGUGAAGGAACGGUCAGCAUGCUCAAUUUUAUUUGUGCAAGAGACUGACGACAUGCCAGCAACGCCAUGUGUAUCUUAUAAUGGGGCCGUCCUUGAAGAUGCAGAGUUUUUCUGGCUGAUGGUAGACCAGACAAAGUGUUUUCAAGUGACUAAUGCAGAGGAAGGACUUGUCGCAAUUAUGUGUGCAAACUGGUUGUUCAAUGUUCAAUAUGCUUGUAAAGCGUUCAACACCCUUGUCGUCCUCGAAAGAUUUUUUUUGAGCUCGAAAAGACAACACCAAGAUCUGUUGUUGCGAAGUUCUUAAACAUUGUCGUAAAAUCCACAUAGUCAUAUGAUAAUGCCAUAUGGUAAUGUUCUUGCACAUUUGCCUUACUGCAUAUUUUUUAUGUUUGAUUGUAUUAGUGAUUGAAAAUUUAUUGAUUUUGCAUUUGCUUCACAAGUCGUGCAUGUUUCUCCUUUUGCAUAGCCGGGCACACAUGCUGUCAAAUAACCCAUGGUCAUUGAACUUUUUAGUUAUUACCAUAUUACAUUCCUGCAAGACGGAACUAUUGUGCAAUAGUUUUUGCUGCUUGUUUGCUAAUCUAAAUAACAUUACACUGCCUUGGUUAUGGUCAGAUUAGAUUAUGUGGGCCAUUAUGAUAUAAUGCACAUUGCAAGAAGCAUGUGUAAAAUUUUGCAAUAAAUGUAAAUAAUUUAGAGAAAAA